AUGACGACCUGGUUAAUCCCCUUGGCUCUGACGGCCACAACUUUCUAUGCACUUGUGCGUAUGGCACGUGCUCGUAUUUAUAAUGCAAUAAUUGUUAAACUGACAACAGGUUGGUACGCGGAAGUAUUGGAGCGCUUGCCGAACGGCAGCAAGCUUUUGGACGUGGGUAUUGGUACAGGUUUGGCUUUGAUUAACAACGGACAGCAGCUUAAGCUCAAGAAAAUUUCAGUUGAUGGUGUGGACUAUGAAGAGGACUAUGUAAUCUGGUGCAAGACGUUGGUGAAGGACAAGCAGCUGACGAACCUUAUUCAAGUGCACCACGCCUCUGUCUACGAUUUCCAGGGAGGUCCGUACGACGCUGUGUACUUCAGCUCGUCGCUUAUGAUCAUGCCUGACGCAGUGAAAGCUCUACAUCACUGCAUGGGCAUGCUGAAGCGUAAGACUGGGCGCGUUUACGUGACGCAAACCAUUCAAACACGCUGCUCGAGGCUUGUGGAGAUUGGCAAACCGCUGCUCAAGUUUUUCACUACUAUUGACUUCGGCACCGUCACUUACGAGGAAGAUAUACUGAACACUUUCAAGAAGGCGGGGUUGACGUUGCGGGAGCAUGUGCCAAUUUCCGGAUCGACAAUGACAUCCACGCGAUCAUUUAGACUAUUUGUACUGGAAUCAUAA